AUGAGCGACCACAAUAUAGUUCUCGAGUGGUUGAAGUCCGUGGAAUUGGAUGAGUACUUCGAAAGUUUUGUGGACAACGGUUACGACGAUCUCGAAAUGUGCAAGCAGAUUGGUGAGCCAGACUUGGAUGCGAUUGGUGUGACCAAGUCCAAACACCGGGAUGUUAUUCGAAAAGCCAUCCGUACACUUCGGGAGAAAGGUGGAACAUCGGUAUAUCUUAGCUUGGAAGAAUGUAGGAAACUGCAAGCUACACCAGAAAAGGGGUGUGCGAAGGAAGAAGCUGCCAGGAAGAGAAACUCAUCCAUUUCCUCCGACAGUGCUGGGCCCCGACUUUUGCCCACUACCAGGUAAGAUCAGGAAUUCUUUUUAUCUUGUCAGGUGUCAUUCCCCGUCUGUUAGGAUAGUCUUGAAUCCAGACAGAUACUGAAUAGGCUGUCUUUUUGAAUUCACGGAAGAUUCAGUCUCUACUGAAGAGGAGAAUUCUGACAAGAAAUAUUUCUAGGAAUCUCGUAAGAUUGAAGGGUGUUUAAGAGAAAGGAGUAACGUUUGCUGUAGAUUCAAAAUGGACGUUUUUCAAAGACUGGUCAUGUGUCAGUGCCCCCGAUAUGUAUAUAGAAUAAAUUCUCAAAAAAAAAAAAAAAAAAAAAAAAAAAAUGGUUGCUUGUAUUUAAAUAAAUAGUUCGGAUAUAAAAUUGUUUUACGGAGACAAAUAUAUAGUUUUUGUUUCUAUUCGUGAGGGUGUGCAUAAUACAGGGUGUUUCUGAACUCUUGGGAAAAUCUUUCAGGGGUGAUAGUGCAUAUCAGGACGGACAAUAUAAUGGCAAAAAAAGGGGGCCCAUACAUCUUCCAAUAAUAGGU